AUGGAAGUGGACAACGUUUUAUGUGAUCUUGGAGCUAGCAUCAAUGUCAUGCCACUCUCUAUGAUGAAGAAGUUGGGGAUUAUUGAAGUGAAGCCCACAAGAAUAAUAGUGCAACUGGCUGACCACUCUUCAAAGCAAGCUUAUGGCAUCAUUGAGGAUAUACUGGUAAAGGUAGACAAAUUCAUUAUCCCUGUUGAUUUUUUCAUCUUUGAUAUAGAGGAAGAUGCCACAAUUCCAAUGAUCUUCGGAAGACCCUUCUUGACAACCUCAGGAGCACUGAUUGCUGUGCUUAAGGGUGAACUGAUCUUACGGGUAGACGGAGAGAAAGAAGUAUUCAAGUUCUUUGACAAAGAGGAUUUUACACCUGAAGUUCAAUCGCAAGAUCAGGUUUACUACCUUGGAGUAAAGAAAGAAAAGGAGGAAUCUUCUCGUGAAAGUAAGCCAAAAGUUAAGAUGGAGAAACCUGGUAGCAAAGGAAAGCAUGUAAAAGUCAAGUUCAAAAUUUCUGAGACUACUUUACCUCAUCCAUAUGCAGAAGAGCACUAUGGUAGGACAUAA